GUGGCAUAUGUCACGACAGUUUUUUUUUAAACUUAUGAAGUCCAAGUACAGAUCACCUGAGCACAGACCCAACUGAACUAAGGUGAUGAUGAACAGGUGGUCUAGGGCGUUUUAAAACUUGAUUUCAUGACAGAAUAACUGAAUGGGCAGCUGAAGAAGUAGCCACAAAGUGCGCAACGCACAAGCUAUUUGGUGAAGAGCCAACACAAACCCCAAAAGACGGAAGCAGAUCAAAAUUAUAUUCAGGGAGACCGCCCAGUGACCUGCCAUUGAGGACUGAGGUGGUUUGAGGACAUCACCUAAACUCUCAUCUACUGCGGAAAGGUGAUGGAGGAGGAGUCAUCAUCCAGGAGCUGUCAGGGGGCGGGCUCUAUGAAGUGGUUCGUUGGUGCCUCUCAGCUGCUGGGCGUGGCCAGCGUGGUGAUGACGGGCAUAUGGAUGGGCCACUACCGCGGCGGCUACGCAUGGGACGGCACUGGCCAGGAGUUCAACGUGCACCCGCUCUGCAUGGUGCUGGGCAUGGUCUUCCUCUAUGGGGACGCCAUCAUGGUGUACCGUGUGUUUCGUAAUGAGAGUAAGCGCAGUGUGAAGAUCCUGCAUGUGGUUCUCCACUUCCUGGUUCUCUUCAUCAGCAUCAUCGGUAUAGUAGCAGUGUUCCAGUUCCACACUGCUAACCGCAUCCCCCACCUGUACUCUCUUCACGCCUGGUGUGGCAUGCUCACCUUUGUACUCUUCAUCACACAGUGGCUGCUGGGGUUCCUCUUCUUCCUGUUUCCAGGGGCGACGGGGUGGCUGCGGGGCGUCUACCUGCCUCUGCACGUCUUCUUCGGCCUGGUGCUGUUCGCGCUCGCCGUCGCCACCUGUCUGCUCGGGACGGUAGAGAAGCUGCUCUUCUCCAUCACAGACACCUACUCGCUGUUUGUUCCGGAGGGCGUGCUGGCCAACUGUGUGGGGCUGGUGGUGGUGGCGUACGGGGCGGUGGUGGGCUACGUGGUGACCCGCGACGACUACAGGAGACCCCCCCAUCCAGAAGAGGAGGCCCUGUCCGUGCACUUCAAGACCCUGACUGAGGGGGGCGCUCCCUCUCCAGAAUGAAACAGCUCUACAUGUUUCCCUAAUGUCUCUCGGCUGGGACCCUAUAGAAUUGUGGAUCCUAAGAAUGCUUGUGUUUUCCAUGACCCUCCUACCCCACAUUUCAAAAUGACAACAUUUUUUUUGUCCCUCAAUAUAGGUAUAUUUCAAAAUGUUUUAUUUCAAAUUCAUAGUGAAAGUAAAUGCAUUCAUUACCCAUAAAGGUGAAUACUCUCACUAACCAAUUUAUGGAAUGGUUACACUAUAUGAAAUGACAUGCAUACCGUAUAUUCAAGGUUUUAUGCAAACAGUCCCUUGACGCCGCAAGCCUGCAAUCACCCUGCAGCACUUACGCAAUCCUUUAGUAAAGAUGUAUCUCACAAACGCACAUAGAAAUCAGCUGGCUCACCCCAACUAUAUGUCAGUCAUUUAUAGGAUAUAUAACCAUGACAUUGAAGCAGACAAGAACACCAGGCAGACACUGCUGACUAGUGAUGAUAAGUGGUACUGUGGAUGAGAGGCCUUUUAGAUGACUGACGACUGUAUAUAUAUGACCAGCAACACUAUUCUGCCCUACAAAGCAAAAAGGCAGUAACUGCGUUGUUGUGAAAAAUUAGUUACUACGACUUCAAUGACAAAUAUAUCAAAGUUAAAUUUUAAAUAAAAUGAUUAAUCUGCACAAAAGGUGGUAAUAUAAAGUAACAAAACUGCUGAAUGUCAAUAAUCUCCCCAAAACUACUUAGACUGUAAAGUAAUUUUACUCAGUUUGGAGCUCUACGCAAUUACUGCCUUUUUGCUUUGUAGGGCAGUAUUAUUAUUGAGGCUGUACUGCACUAUUGUGUGCCUUAAUCUAUUGCCAGCGUGCCAUAACUCUUAAGAGCUCCUAGCAUGCCAUAGAGCCAGAGAGAUUGGAUAUAUACUCCUAGAAACUCUGAUGGAGCUGUUGCUAAACCACAAAGCCCUGCCAACAAACACCACAAUGUGUCAAGAUUAGUGGAUCAACCCAACCAACAAUAUAUGUGUAAUUGUUCUGUAUGGUAUAUUCAGCCUCUGAAGAACUACAUGUCUGUGACCAGAAGUACAUUACACCAUUAACCUUUAAGAGUGUUCCGUCACACCGGUGUGACGGGAAUGUUCGGGCAGUGAAAGUUCUAUAGAAUUCUAGGCGUCAUUCAAUACAAUAUGGAAUUGUUGAAUCUUGCAUUGUUAUAGAAUGCAUUCUUUUUAUAGAAUGCUCAAAAACCCACACUAUGAAAACAACUCUUCACUCUAAUAGUCGAUAGGGCUCCAGAUGAACACCCACUGUGCCAUACAACCAGAGGCUGACAAAAGCUUAGUUGAAAAGUACUAUAAAUGACAAGAGUCAAAACUAAAGUAAGAGUCCUGCCAUAUAUUAUCUCUGUCUACGUUAGUGGUUCUCAACGUUUUUUUGAAAGAACGCGUCCCCUGGACCUCAUCAUAAGCCUGCCAAAGCCCCCCUUAGUAUUAUUCAAAAAUAAAACAGACUAAUGCCGUCCAAUGGCAACUAAGCACCGCAGCCUCUCAGCUGUAUCCUUCUCUACGCCCCCUAUGGCUCUCCAACGACCCCUGGGGGACUGUAGAUACCCCCAUUGAAAAACACUAGUCUUCGCUCUCCACAGAGUAUGCCGCAAAUGAGCUAAUCUGACUAAAUUGGUCAGGUGUGUCUUUUCAUUUCUGCAG